AUGUCACCUGAAAAGUGUAUGAAGGAGGAGAACAUCAUGUUGUCGUUGCUGAUUCCUGGUCUAACCCAACCUGGAAACAAUAUUGAUGUGUACUUAGAGCCGCUUAUAGAGGAUCUAAGCCAACUUUGGGAGGAAGGAGAGAUUCUGAGUGGUCAUAACAUAAGCCAAAUACUCAGGAACUACAAGAAUGAUUUUCGAAAUGUGAAAGUAACUAGAAGGAAGAGGAAGGUUAAUGAGUCGGUUGGAUCAGACUCCAAUACGGAUGAUGAAUCUAGUGAUUUAGAGGAAGAGGAAGAAGUAGUUGAUGAGGAAGAGCUAUCUAGAUGGAAGAAACGACCAAUCUUUUUCAAGUUGCCUUAUUGGGAGGAUCUACCGGUUAGACACAACUUAGACGUUAUGCACGUGGAAAGAAAUGUUGCUGCAAGCCUUAUAGCUACAUUGUUGCAUUGUGGAAAAUCAAAAGAUGGUCUUAACGCUAGAAAAGAUCUGGAACUGCUUGGCAUUAGGAAGGAUUUACAUCCUCAACCCCUUGGGAAAAGAACAUACCUUCCUCCAGCUCCUUGGUCUUUGUCUAGUAAAGAGAAGAAAGUAUUCUGCAAGCGGCUAUCAGACUUCAGAGGUCUGGAUGGUUAUUGCUUAAAUAUAUCAAGGUGUGUGAAGAUAGAAGAAUCUAAGAUAUCAGGAUUGAAAUCACAUGAUUACCAUGUCUUGAUGCAACAGGUUCUCCCGGUUGCUAUUAGAGGAGUAUUACCUAAAGGUGUUAGGAUAGCUAUUGGACGCCUGUGUGAUUUCUUCCAUCAUCUUUGUCAGCGGGUAAUUGAUAUAGAGAAAAUUUCAGUAAUGGAAACUGAAAUCGUGGAAACACUCUGCAUGUUUGAGAGGUUUUUUCCUCCAAGUUUCUUCGAUAUAAUGGUGCAUUUGGUAGUUCAUCUAGGCAGGGAAUCUCGGUUAUGUGGACCAGUCCAUUUCCGUUGGAUGUACCCAUUUGAGAGGUACAUGAAAGUGCUGAAAGAUUUUGUAACAAACCUUGCAAGACCAGAGGGUUGUAUUGCUGAAGCCUAUCUCGCAGAGGAAUAUGUGAGGUUCUGCAGUCAGUUCUUGAAAAAAACAACAGGUUAUGAGGAGAAACCUGAUAGAAAUACUGAGUUCGAGAGCAGCUCUAUUCUUGAAGGUCGUCCAAUAUCUGCAGGCACUUGUUGUGUCCUUUCUGAGAAGGAUAAGAACAUUAUACCUAUUAGCUUAGAGAAUCACGAAGACACACAGAAGUGGUUGGCCUACGGUCCUCGUGUUAGCUCUAGGUCUUACACUGGUUACAUAAUUAAUGGUCUGCGGUUUCACACGAUUUCAGUUGACAGGCAAAGCCAGAACAGUGGUGUUCUAUAUGAGGCAACAACUAUGUAUAGAUCUAGUGCAAAAGACACUUCGCAGAUUGUUGAUUUGGUAACAUACUAUGGCAGAGUGGUGGAGAUUCUGCUUAUCGAUUACAAUACAUUCUACAUUCCUGUAUUUCGCUGUCUAUGGGUGAACUUAAAUGGGGAAUCGGAAGAACAAGCGUGUGAAGAAGCCAAGGACACCGAAGAAGAAGCAGACAGAUGUAGAAAUGGAGGUUGCAGAAGAGCAAUUUCUCGAAGAUGUAACAAACAGAGAAGUCUCAGAUGA